AUGACAGAAGCAAGGCAACUUCUAUUCCUUGAACGCAUCCUCUUCGUGUUUGAGUUGGCCAAAAGAAAGGCCGGAAAGGCCCAGAUUCUGAGAUUGAGCCCAAUGGAGUGGCAGGAUGAGGCAGACAUUUGCUGCUUCGCGGGCUAUAUCUUAGAGAAAAUGAGGGCUGCCAGGGACAAGGACAACCUCCUGGUAUUCAAGAAGGCGACCAUUGACACUGUCAGGAACAGGUUCAUCGAGGGGGAUUUCCACGAAGACAUCAAGCCCACUGUGGAAAGCAGAGAUGCUUUCUUCCAGCCAGAAGACACAAGCAUGUGGUUCGAGAACCUUCCCAAGAAGAUGUGCCCAGAUCCUUCAACGGACCACCUAUCCAAAGCCGAUGGCAAAAUCGAAGAACUGCAAUUGCAACAGUCAAAAAUGCAGUUCGAUGCCGACGCAUUGUCUCUGGCGAGGGAUGCCGCACAGAUUGCAGCCCUUUAUCAAAAGGAGAUGAAAAACGAACGUGCAAAUCGCCUAGCAAAAGUGAUGCAUCUAAAACAGGAAAACCAAAUGGGAUCCAACUUGGUGAUGCAGCACAUGAAAAAGAACUGCAAUCACAUUGCGGGACCUGUCAGUGACUUGACUGAUGAGGUUGUUCAGGCAAGGUUUGCAGCAUCUUUGAAGAAAGAGGAUGGAGCUCUUUUGGUAUGGAUCGACUACAUGAAAGCCGGCGUGGUCAGCAAAGAUGAGUUGAACAACUCCGUCACCAUGCUGUCAAAGGCACUUGCUGCUCUUCCGGAAGCAUCCAUCGGAUUCAUCAUUGCGCCUCAUGCCCAGAGGGUGGAAAACAAACUGGAUGCAAAGGGCAUCGAGUCUGAACCUGUCCUUUUGCGCUGCGAAGAUCCUCCAGCAACGAAGAGAGUACAGUUGAACUUUCCGGCCUGGGUGGUCUACCAACAGGGCGUAAGGGCUCGGCAUCUUUCCGAUGUGGUUCAUUCUGCGGACUGGAAGCGCCUUAUCACUGACUUCGACAAGAAGUUUUGUGGCAACAUCCAGACCGAGCCCGAAGACCAAAGCCAGAUCGUGCCUGCUGAAGAACCGGAAGAGGUAUGUCACCAAGAGAUCGAACUUUCCCUCACCGAGUUCGAAAUUGGCCAUGGGAAGUCAACAUUCCUCAAGGAUGAGAAGCUGGCAAAACUUCAACGUGAAGGUGUUGGCUCUGGCCCAGGGGCUUUGCAGACUCCAACUCCCAGAGUAGCCUUGGAUGAAGCUGGCAAGAAGAGCAAAACGAACAGGCUGAAGCAAGCUGCAGAAAUCCAAAAGAGACCUGAGGGGGAGCAGGUUCCCAAGGCAAAGUCUGCUGUUCAGAGGGCACUUGAACUCCAGGCGUCUGAUGCGGAAGCCAAGAAGAAAGCUGGCAAGGCUAGGGCUUCUCAAAGAGAUGGCGAUGAGAUGGGAGGGGUGGCUGGGGCACAGAGUAUGAGGGCGCUUUAUUGGGAAGUUGUGCACGAAGCCCAGAAGCGGAUCAAACGAGAGAAUCCGGACAUGCCUGCCAAAGAAGUCUUGAAGCUGGCACGUGCAGAGUGGGAGGAGCACCCUCAGCGUAUGAGCGCUUUGCGCAACAUGUCCAAUAGUGAGCUCUCUCGUCGCAGAAUGACUAGCAGCUGCCAGAAGAAGGUUUCAGAGCCAAAGCGCCGCAGGAAAACUGCGGCAGGGAUGGAUGCUUAG